UGCGCUCAGGCCGGAGGGGCAGCUUCCCCGAAAGCGGUAGAGCCCCAAAGACACCAGGCGGCCAGACCUGCGGGUCGCGGAGGGGUAGAGUGAGCCUGGCCUCCUCGAGGAGGCUUCCGGGCCAGGGAGGCAGCUCCAGGUGUGAAGCCACUGACUGAGGAGAGAGGGGUCCCCAGGGAAAGGGAAGGGGCAGAACAGCUGCAGAAGUGCAGGGAGCGGGAAGGUACUAGGGCAGCAGCUUCCCGCCGCCACCAGCCGGGGCAGCAGCAGGAACAGCAGGGGGAGGAGCAACAGCUGCCGAAUUCACCAACUAGAGGAGGGGGAGGCGGAGCUUAGUUCACUGUAGCAGCCGGAGGCGCAGUCUGGACUGUAGUUUCCCGGGAGAGACGAGAGCAGGAACACGAGCAGAGCGGAGCGCAGUCCUCCGAGCAUCAGCUCCAGCAUCCCACCAGGGGUUGCAGGUGUGUGGGAGGUGUGCAUUUUCUGAAGAGGUUAUUUACCCUUCUCCUGAUUCUUAAAAGAAUCUCUUUCAUUAAAAAGGUUUGAACUCUCCCAUCAUGGCUUUCCUUGGACUCUUGUCUUUGCUGGUUCUGCAAAGUUUGGCUUUAGGGGCCACUUUCCCUGAUGAAACCAUUGCUGAGUUGUCAGUGAAUAUGUAUAACCAUCUUCGAGCCACUGGGGAAGAUGAAAAUAUUCUUUUCUCUCCACUGAGUGUUACCUUCGCUAUGGGAAUGAUGGAACUUGGGGCCCAAGGAUCUACCCUGAAAGAAAUCCGUCAUUCGAUGGGAUAUGACAGCCUGAAAGAUGGUGACGAAUUUUCCUUCUUGAAGGAUUUUUCUAACAUGGUAACUGCUAAAGAGAGCCAGUAUGUGAUGAAAAUUGCCAAUUCCCUCUUUGUGCAAAAUGGAUUUCAUGUCAAUGAGGAAUUUUUGCAAAUGCUGAAAAAGUAUUUUCAUGCAGAAGUAAAUCAUGUGGACUUCAGUCAAAAUAUAGCUGUGGCCAACCAUAUCAAUAAGUGGGUGGAGAAUAACACAAAUAAUCUCUUGAAAGAUUUGGUAUCCCCAAGGGAUUUUGAUGCUGGCACUCAUUUGGCACUCAUCAAUGCUGUCUAUUUCAAGGGGAACUGGAAGUCACAAUUUAGACCUGAAAAUACUAGAACCUUUUCCUUCACUAAAGAUGAUGAAAGUGAAGUCCAAAUUCCAAUGAUGUAUCAACAAGGAGAAUUUUAUUAUGGAGAAUUUAGUGAUGGCUCCAAUGAAGCUGGUGGUAUCUACCAAGUCCUAGAAAUACCAUAUGAGGGAGAGGAGAUCAGUAUGAUGUUGGUGUUGUCCAGACAGGAAGUUCCACUGGCCACUCUGGAGCCAUUGGUCAAAGCACAGCUGAUUGAAGAAUGGGCAAACUCUGUGAAGAAGCAGAAAGUGGAAGUGUACCUGCCCAGGUUCACAGUGGAACAGGAAAUUGACUUAAAAGAUGUUUUGAAGGCCCUUGGAAUAACUGAGGUUUUCAUCAAAAAUGCAAAUUUGACAGCUCUGUCUGAUAACAAAGAGAUUUUUCUUUCCAAAGCAAUUCACAAGUCCUUCAUAGAGGUUAAUGAAGAAGGCUCAGAAGCUGCUGCUGCCUCAGGAAUGAUUGCAAUUAGUAGGAUGGCUGUGCUGUAUCCUCAAGUUAUUGUCGACCAUCCAUUUUUCUUUCUUAUCAGGAACAGGAGAACAGGUACAGUCCUAUUCAUGGGCCGGGUCAUGCAUCCUGAAACAAUGAACACCAGUGGACAUGAUUUUGAGGAACUUUGAAUCAUUUCAUAUGUAAAAUAGUAACCAAACACAUUAUGUGUGCAACUGGUACAGUUAAGAUUCGUGUUUUACAGUAUAUCUUCUGAUACUAUUUAAAAAUAGCUCCAGAUAAAAACAGUGUAUGUAAAUUAUAAGCCAACUUGUCAAGGAAUGUUAUCAGUCUCAUUGAGGUGAUGGUCCUGUGGUGUCACUGUGUUUGUUGUGCUGUUAUUUAAAAUAAAAGUACAUAUUGAUCAUGUGAA